GUUGCGACGAACCAAGGCCAAUUGAGAGGGAUAGCAGCGUUUUCUCGCGCACUCCAGACAAUCGCAAGCAUGGCUUCGCCUCUCUCUGCCGUGCGGUCUGCCCGCCAGGUCGCCCACAAUGUUGCCGGCAAUCGUCUCCUCUCCGACAUUGCCAUCACCCGGACUGGCAAGCCCAUCAUCCGACUCGAGGGUGGCCGAUCAUCCCUUGGAGGCCACACUGCGACGGUAUUUGGCGCAACCGGCCAAUUGGGACGCUACAUCGUGAGCCGUCUGGCCCGCCAGGGUUGCACCGUCGUCAUUCCCUACCGUGAGGAGAUGGCCAAGCGCCAUCUCAAGGUGACGGGAGACCUCGGUCGCAUCGUCUUUGUCGAAUACGACCUUCACAACACGGCUUCCAUCGAGGCUAGCGUCAGGCACUCUGACAUUGUCUUGAACCUGAUUGGCCGAGACUACCCGACCAAGAACUUCUCCCUGGAGGACGUGCACGUCGAAGGCACCGAGCGGAUCGUGGAGGCCGUCGCCAAGUACGAUGUCGACCGAUAUAUCCAUGUUUCGUCGCACAACGCCGACUCAAAGUCGGGAUCGGAGUUCUUCGCCACCAAGGGACGUGGUGAGGAGGUCGCCCGAAGCAUCUUCCCCGAGACGACUCUAGUCCGACCUGCCCCCCUUUUCGGAUUUGAGGACAACCUUCUGCUGAAGCUGGCUGGCGUCACCAACCUGUUCACCUCCAACAACAUGCAGCAGAAGUUCUGGCCCGUUCACUCCAUCGAUGUCGGCGCCGCCCUGGAGAAGAUCACCUACGACGACUCGACUGCCGGACAGACGUUUGAGCUCUACGGACCCAAGGAGUACAGCAUGAGGCAGCUUGCGGACAUGGUGGACAAGGAAAUUUACAACAAGCGACGACACAUCAACCUGCCCAAAACCAUCCUCAAGCCUCUUGCUGGAGUCCUGAACAAGGUGCUCUGGUGGCACACGAUGUCCGCUGACGAGGUGGAGCGAGAGUUUAUGGACCAGAUCAUUGAUCCCGAGGCCAAGACCCUGAAGGAUCUCGAUAUUGAGCCUGGUGACAUUGCCAACUUCACCUACCACUACCUGCAAGGAUUCCGAAGCCAGAACUUCUACGACCUGCCUCCGGCGACUGAGAGGGAGAAGCGUGAGGAGAAGAAGUACAUCCACGUCCUGGAUGAGUUGUAAAGCAGCUUUGCAUCUGGUGUACUGUAUCAAGAGCAAGAGAAAUGGUGAUUGGCUAGAUGGCUGGGCGGACAAGCCGACAGAGUCCGUGUAAAUAGGGCCGCAUAGAUUAGAGAGUCUGCGAGUCCGAACAAUUGUACAGGUUUCCUUUGGUUGACAGCCUAUGUUUGUACGUCCAUGGUGUUGGGUGAUUGGGCGAAGAGGGCCAUGAUGAAGUUGAAGUAGAAUCAUGAGUUAGCUGACCAAGACUUUUUAGCAUACCCUGUACCAAGUGGUCAUGGCAUGGAGCAAUAAGGACCCCGCCAAAAAUGUCACAAACC